AUGAUGAAAUUGUCUUUUAUAGUUUCAAAAGCAAGGAUUGCGAGUGGCGAAAACUAUUCCAGCAUUGAAUGGUAUCUACAUUUUUACAGCAUACAAGGUACAUUCAGCAAGAUAGCCAAAAGUAAUGCAUCAGCGUUGUCAUCUUUCCACCCGAAGGUAUUUGGUGACGCCUCGAUCAGCACUAGUUACGGCACAGUUGGAUCAUUCUUCAGGAAAUAUGAAUUACACAAUGAAGUAUUCACUGCUAAUAUUCCAGAACUCCUACACUCUGUCACUCCAAACGCCAAAAUAAUUUUCAUCUUACGAGACCCCGUGGAUAGGUUUUAUUCCGCUUACCAAUAUUCCCCGUUUGGACGUCGACAUGGAACUCCCGGUGAUUUUCAUAAGCAGACGAUGAAUGCUAUUGAAUGUUUUCAAUCUUGUCUAGAAUCACAUUCACUUUAUUACUGUGGGCACCAUUUAGAAUUAUGUAAGAGUCAUUCUCAUGGGCACCUUGAUAAAUUACCUAUCGGUAUGUAUAGUAUAUUUAUCUCUGACUGGCUCAAUGCGUUCCCGCGAAAACAGCUAUAUUUCUUAACUUUAACUGAAUGGGAAAACAAUACUGAAACAAGAUUGGCGGAGAUAUUUCGAUUUCUUGAGCUUCGUCCAACUGGAAGAAUCACAUUCGAUGCCAAGAAACCACCAAUAAACAGCAGACGAUACAAAGACAUGCUGCCGAAGACACGGCUGAUGUUACAGGAAUUUUACCAGCCAUUUAAUACCAAAUUAGUACAACUUUUAAAUGACGAAAAAUUUUCAUUUUCUUCUUUAAAUGGUUUGACAUGACACAAUGUUUAUUUAAUUGCACAUAAUUAUUGUAGAAAAGAGCAACAUUGAUGAGCUGCAACAUUUUCUGUUACACAAUUUAAAUAAGAUGUUUUUAAUUUUUUAACAUCUAAGCGUCUCUGUUAUAAUGUUCUGCUGCAAUAGGUGAUGAAACUUAUUUUGUUUAACUAUAAUUUCGUAUAAAUAAUAUAUAUUUGGCUUUGUGUAAAGUUAUUUUAGUACUUCAGAACUUCUUUCAUUUCUUGUUUAUGCAAUUAAGGAUGAUUGCCGUUCUCGUUUUUGUUGUAGUGUUGUAUACCAAAAAAAUUCAAUCAAUCAAUCCAUCAAUUGAUGUAUGACAAAUCUUCUAGAGUAAAAUUAAAUCUUCCAACCAAGGUUCGAACUCGAAUCGCUUUGCUCCUUUGCUGUAGGCCUAUAUAUACACGCUGAAAUCUUAACAAAAGGAGGUGUGGGGUUUUGCAGUUAAAUUUGAAUCGGACUGGGGGCACAGUGUUUUAUUUUACUCGAUUAUGUAUGCAGAAAACAUUGGGACGAUUAUUAAUGCACAUUACCACACACGUUAUACUAUAAAACGUAACGAGUAAAAUGACUAAAAAUAUCUUCAUCUGCAAAUUAAAACCCGGUCGAUAAUAUUAGCAUAGAAUCUCUGAAACAGACUUAUCAAUAUCGUAUCAUAUAAUAUUUAAUUUGUAUAGAUAUUUAAAAAAAAAUAGAAUUAGGAGACUGCGUGUGAGUGCGGACAUGUCGUUAACUUAUUUAUAUUCUUUGAGGGAGAGAUAUUUUUUUUGUGUGAGUGAUCCUGUAUAUCC